AUGUCUUCUGCUGCUCGAUCAUCUGGUUUCCCUGAGGGUACUAAGAGACGGCGCCGUGCGCCCAACGAGCUCGUCUGGACUCAACCCCGUACUAUCUCACCUUCUCUUCACACAAAUGCGAGGACAAUCUCCGCCUCGCCUGAUGUCUCAGCCAACAAGAACCCAACAAUAAAGCAUUCCUCACAACCAAAGCAGCCGCAGGCGGCCAACAUGACUGGUUACUUAAGUCCAUGCAGUCAACCAAGCACCAUCCCAGAUAUGCCUGACUGGAAAAUGAACCAUGAAUUCCUCGACUUCGCUGGUCCGACCGACGAUGCCAUGGUUCAAAAUCUUUUCAUGUCUGACGAAAGCCUCUUUUCUACUCCCCAGUCUAUGGAUUCACAUUCGUUCUCCAUGGGCAUGGACACCGGUUUCAUGGAUCCCUCAGUCGCAGGAAUGCUUAACGACGGUAUGGACGGCCUUGAUCCAUCCAUCUCCACAGAUCCCCGUCUUAGCGUCUCUGGCUUAAGCGGGUUCAGCGCCAUUCACCUUGCCGCACACUUUGGCAAGCUCUCCAUCAUCCACCUUCUACUCUCUGUCUGCCCCGAAGAUGUAGACUUACUCAACCACGAGGGUCAAACUCCUUUACAUAUAGCCGCUUCCGAAGGCCACAUCGAAUUAAUCCCUGAACUGCUUCGGGCUGGAUCGAACGCUCUUAUGCAAGAUGCCGAGGGACGCACUGCACUGCACUUGGCCGUCCUAAAGGGCCAUUCAGAUGUCGUACGCCUGCUUUUGGAUGAUAAUCAAGGCCAAGCGAUGGUUCGAAUCCCUGAUAGCGCCGGAAGAACCUCUCUGCAUCAGGCCGUUAUGCAGGAAUCUGGCCAGGCCGUGCGAUUGAUGCUUGAGCGGGGUGCUGAUCCUCGCGCCCCCCUUGGUUAA